CCGGGUAUAAAAUGCCCUGCGCUCUAUCUCUAUUGAUAUUUAGGUUCCCCAUUCUUUCCUUCUAUACCAAUUGAAAAUAUUAUAUAUUCUCAAGCAUCAUAUACAUACAUCAUCAGUUAAUCAUUUCCAGUCUGCAAAAGUAUCUCUCUCGACAAUGGAGACAGUGGAAUUGAAGGUGGAGAUGGUUGGCAUACAUGAGAAGCGACUUAGAAAAUGCCUUUCAAAAUUGAGAGGGAUAGAAAAGGUGGAAGUAGACGCAUACAGUCAGAAGGUGGUGGUAACAACAGCCGCAGGAUAUCUGCACAGAAACAAAUUACUGAAAGCGAUCAAGAGAGGAGGACUGAAAGCCGAUUUCUGGUCUCCACAAAACGAGCUCCUCUCUGCUUACGCCAGCGCCAGUUAUGGAAGCUUGAUCAGAUUCAACAACUUCAACUUCUAGAAUUUACAACUUCCUUUUCUUUUUCUUUUUCUCUUUAUUGCAAGUUAAGAAAAGGAGUGCCUAUAUAUAAAUAUGGGUGAUACAUUUAAAUAGAUAUAGAUCGAGCGAGUGAGAAAUUAUAUUUAGGUUAGUGCUAUUUACACAAAAAAUUUAGCUCUUACACGCUUUUGUUAAUUUA